AGUCUCGUUGUAAGCGAAAGUUAAGAUGACAGGCGCCCCACUACAAAAUUGUCCAAGAGUAUAUAACAGAAGUUGGGUGGUUUCGAUAUUCAGUCUCCCCCAGUCAUCGGACGGCUGGUAGUUAGAUUUCAAUCCAGACUCAAGAAAAUGAUAAAAACGAUCUUCGUCGGCUUCACCAUCCUCUCGGCUGUGUCAGCAUCCGGGUUAUCCAUCAAGGAUAAACGCGGACUGUUUGACCUGGGUUACGGCUAUGGUCUAAGUGGCUUUGGAGAAUUUGGCGCCCUCGCGACAGGCGGCUUCAACCAUGGACUACUUCCAGUCGGCGCUGGUUAUGGUUACGGCUCCGGGUCCGGACACGGUCUUCUUCUAGAACCCUACGUACAUACGAAGCACGUUGCUUACCCAGUGCCUCAACCGUAUCCGGUCAAAGUUCCGGUAGAGAGGGUGGUACCCGUCCCUGUUGAGAAGCCAGUGCCUUAUCCCGUAAAUGUUCCAGUUGACAGACCAGUACCAGUCCCUGUCCAAGUUGAUAAACCCGUACCUUACCCCGUCAUUAAGAACGUCCCAUACCCAGUAAAGGUCCCUGUAGACAGACCAUAUCCCGUGAUUGUCCAUGUAGAGAAACCAGUCCCGGUACCCAAAGAAGUCAGAGUUCCCGUACCACAGCCCUACCCGGUGCACGUACCAAAACCUUACCCAGUUUUUGUCGAGAAAACUGUGCCAGUUCCACAACCAUAUGCAGUCCACGUUAAGGUUCCAGUACCUCAGCCCUACCCUGUUCAUGUCAAAGUCCCAGUAGCUGUCCCAGUUGACAGGCCUUAUCCAGUGGAAGUAAAGGUACCUGUUGAUCGCCCGUACCCAGUUCACGUACCCAAGCCUUACCCAGUGACGGUAGAGAGACCUGUCCCUUACCCCGUAGCCAAACCAGUCCCUUAUCCAGUUAACGUGCCAGUUGAUCGUCCUUAUCCAGUAGCAGUACCAAAGCCAUACCCAGUGACCGUGUUCAAGGAAGUCGCCGUACCAGUUCCAAAACCAGUGCCUUACCCUGUCGAGAGGCCCGUACCAGUCCCAGUAAAGAUACCCAUUGAUCGACCAUACCCCGUGGCUGUCCCUAAACCAUACCCAGUGGAAGUACAUAAACCUGUCCCUUAUGAAGUCGAGAGGCCGGUCCCAUAUCCCGUUAAAAUCCCUGUUGAAAGACCAGUCCAUUACGCAAUUGAAAAUCCGGUAUCAUACCCCUUAGCUUACCCGCUGAAGAGUAAAUACGGUGAAUAUUACUGAUUUCCAAAGUAAUUUUUUUGUGUUAAUAUCUAAAUUAAAUUAAAGCUAUUUCUUCAAAUUGACUGCCUGUCCCCUCAAAAUGUAACGCUGUGUAAUUGUUAUUAUUUCUACAUGUAUCUGAAUUUACUGUGAAAAUAACAAAACCAUGAUGAGUGAGACUGAUAGGGGGUGAACAAGAUUCAUGUCAUAAUUAAUUCAUAAUUAAUUCAUAAUGAUUAAUAAGCCAUUCCUUUCAUACAUGCGUCGAGGUAGAAAAUUUUUUUCUCGCUGUAAAACGUAUUUCUUUUUAUGGAAGAUGCAUUUCUGUUUGCUGAAGGAAGGUUAAGAGUACACUAUAAAUUCGACGCCUGAACAAUUCCUCCAUUACUCCUCACCGUCACGUAUCUGAAGAUCACUGUUGUACGACGUGUGUAAAAAAUAUUUUUUUAUAAUGGAUUUUAAGAAACAUGAGUGAUAAGUAUGAAUGAAUGUAAGUUUUAAUAUGUACAAACUAACAUUUUUUUAUAUGAAUGCCCAAGUACAACCUGAGCUUCAAUAAAGUAAUGUAAAUAUA